AAGCAGAUACGACUGAGGAAGUCCGAGUACCGAGGCAUUGUGGGACGUCCGCCAUCUUGGCGUGGACUAACGUUGGAGAAAAGGAAAGACCGAAGAGAUUUCUAUCGUCUUCUACUUUCGUUAGAUAAUAUUAAGAAUUUUAGGAAAAUUAUGUGGGCAGGAGCAGCUUGGAAUCAGUGGGCAUUACAACCAGCUACUUACCAAAAUGUUCCACAUGAACAAAUUGAUUGGGCAGCUCUAGCAAAGCAAUGGAUUCAAAUGCAGCAGAGAAAUCAAAAUGAACCACCUGUGGCUCCUCCUCCUCCACCGCCGCCUCCUCCGCCAUUAUUAGAAAAUCCUCAAAAUGGUAAUCCCGAAUCUCAAAGUUGUGAACUACCUCUGGUUCACUUGCCGCCACCCGGUCACGUGCCGAUACCGGCCGUCGAAGGAAACGAAGAUUCGGGUCCGGUUGCUCCUCCGGGAGCGACAAUCUUUACCCCUGAUGAUGGGCUGAGAGACCUGAAAGUACUUGGGUUUAGAGAAGAUACUCUGAUGGUCUCCAAGAAAGCAGAAAAAGAACAGUUGCUGAUAAAUUCAAUAUUACAACUUUUUACAGCAAUCUUUACCCCUGAUGAUGGGCUGAGAGACCUGAAAGUACUUGGGUUUAGAGAAGAUACUCUGAUGGUCUCCAAGAAAGCAGAAAAAGAUCCAAAUUUUGUUCAAGGAGAUAUGAUGGGGGGAUAUUGGGAAGGAUCUUGGGGGAUGGGAGGAUGGGUACCACCACCUGGAACAAUUCAGAAUUCUACCCCUGGAAAGGAAACUUUUGAAUAUGGUCACAUGGCUUCUACACCAACAAUUCCUCCCCAAACUUAUGAUUAUAAUCAUACGUCUGAUCAAUAUUCUUAUAAUCAAAUGUUUACAAAUGAUAAUCAGUACGAACAGUAUUGGCCUCAGGUCGGACCAAACACCAAUAUCGUGUCGGCUCCGUUUUUGAAAAGAAACAAGAUCGCUCCUCCUGGAGAACACUCUCCUCGAAGUGAGGAAGAAAUACCCCAGCUCGAUGCUGUGAAAAGAAAACAAUUGCCGGCUUGGAUUAGAGAAGGAUUAGAGAAAAUGGAACGUGAGAGACAAAGAAAACUUGAAAAAGAAAAAGCAGAUAAGGAACAAAUAGAAAGAUUUAAAACUGUGGAUUCUUCUCAAGAAAAAAUUAGUGGAGAUGACAAAUCUCUAUCUUCGGUUGAUGAAACACCCAUUAAGAGUAAAUUUGAGAGUGAAAGCGAAGACGAAACCGAAAGUAUUAAAGAAGAUAAAGAAUCCUCUCCACAAGUAAUUGUUCCCUCACCUGAAGUUGUAAAUAAAACAGAAGAAGAAAAACAACAAGAACUGAUGUUGAGAGUUAGAAGAAUGCUGACGGAAAUUUUAUUGGACGUAACUACCGAUCAGAUUCUAAAUGUUGCAAAAGAAGUUCACCAGAAAGCAUUGUCCAAAGGUAGGAUUAUUAUGGAUGUUACAUUUUAAUUUACUUUUUUCUGAAAUAUUUAGCAUUGAAAAAAUUAAUAUAGAUUUUUAUUUUUAAAUUUGAAACUUAUUCAGUUCUAUUUACGAAAACAUUAUCAAUGAGUUUUACGUGUUUAUUUUAAAGAUGUGAUUAUUUACUUUCAGAAGUGAUUAUAAAAUCAUAAGUUAAAUUUUUUAGAAUUUUUAAAAUUUAAAAUUAUGAAAUCAGUAUCUGUAGGGUUGUUGUUGUUGCUUUAGUUUUAGGAAACUUAACAAAUUUGGUAAUAAUAUUGGUAGAAAAAUAUACUCUGCUAAUGUAAUUCAUAUUGUUUAGAAUGAAAUAUAAUUUUAAAAAAUGUGAUACCUGUUCUUCAUUUAAACUUUUUAAUGUAUAUUUACAUGUCACACAUUGUCUUUAGUAACUUAAAUUGUAUAAUUGUUGUUAUACAAUUAAAAUUUGAUUAAUAUAAUAAAAUAAUUUAUAUUACUUUAAAAAGUUGCUU